CCAAUAGACAAGGGUAAGAGGCGGAUUCUCCCAGAUCUCAGCCAAUUGCCUUACACGCUGGUGUUACGUUUCUUAGCAGCCGCUUGCAUCCUGGUGAGGGAUUUUAGGUCCUAAACGUCAUCAGAUUUAACAUCUCGUCUCAAGCCAAAAUGUUCGGCCAUCACGGUGCUAUGUGGGUGUUCGUACAGGUGCUCUUGGCCCACCUCUUAUGCGGAUGGGCGAUUGGGUCCGAACUGACGUUCGAGCUUCCAGACAACGCCAAACAGUGUUUCUAUGAAGACAUUACCAUUGGCACGAAGUGUACCCUUGAAUUCCAAGUGGUAACUGGUGGACAUUACGAUGUGGACUGUCGCCUGGAAGACCCAGAAGGCACAGUUCUCUACAAGGAGAUGAAGAAACAAUACGACAGUUUCACGUUCACUGCGGCGAAGAACGGAACCUACAAGUUCUGCUUCAGCAACGAGUUCUCCACCUUCACUCACAAGACGGUCUACUUUGACUUCCAGGUCGGAGAGGACCCCCCGCUGUUCCCCGAGAACAGGGUCUCCGCCCUCACUCAGUUGGAGUCAGCCUGCGUAUCCAUCCACGAAGCUCUGAAGUCUGUGAUCGACUACCAGACACACUUCCGGUUGAGAGAGGCUCAGGGCCGCAGCCGGGCCGAAGACCUCAACACCCGUGUGGCCUUCUGGUCCAUCGGAGAGGCCUUCAUCCUCCUGGUGGUCAGCAUCAGUCAGGUGGUCCUGCUUAGAAGCUUCUUCUCCAACAAGAAGACCACAACCACGCGUGUCGGAUCCUAACAAGCGGGACUCUGCACACCCCCCCCGUCACUUCUCCCAUCUCAUCACGCCCGGAUCCCAAUUCUCUACGGCCUCUGUUUGAAUAUGUAAUGGUGUUCUUUUCCGCUCCUCUGAUUGGACAGGUGAAAGUCUGUGCUCUCUGAUUGGACAGGUGAAAGUCUGUGCUCUCUGAUUGGACAGGUGAAAACCUGUGUUCCUCCAGCUGUUACCAGUCCUGUGAAAUCCUGAGUGGUUCUACAAGGAUGGGAGGAGGAAAAGAGUUUUGGAGCAAUUAAAAGUAGAACUGAGAAUUAUCACCAUAAUGUUUGCACUAUCUGGAAGCACUAUUUGCCCCUCUGCAAGGUAUGGUCUAAUGGGUGUAAGGUUAAAUGGAGUUAGUGUUUUCAUGUUUCAUUACUGAUUUCCCUGUGCGAAGCAAGAAUGGGAGGUAAAGAAUUGGGAUUUGGUAUCUGUCUCUCACACAAGGAACUGCUGAUCCAACUCCCACAAACAGUGAUUUAUGGCAGAAGUGUUGCUUUGUUUUGUCUAGUCAGAUUUAGCUUUCAUAUGCAGAUAUUUUGAGUUUUUAAGAUAAGGUCUCGUAUACUCCCAAGUCUCAACGUUCAGUUGCUGGUCCUGUCAUCCCCGUUGAUUAGUUUUUCAUCCAUAACGAUCUAAAACAUUGAAUCAGUCUGCAACUUUCAGACAUAUUUGAGACGUUGGCUAAUACAGACCAUGGCGGUGCUAUGAAUUUACUUUUAACAUGGCCCACCCUCCCUGUGGAUAAUCUGAUCAUUAUAUCAGUCGAUGUUGAAAAUUUAGCAAUUUAUUUAUUAUGUGGGUUGGAUACUGCAUUGUUUUUUAUGACACUGUUUACCUGAAUGUAUGAACAUACUGGUCACUCCUCACCUUAUUCAUUGAGAUUGCAGAACUGAAAUCAGACACUGGAUUCAUAAUUCCAAUAAAAGUUUAUAGGGGAUUUUUUUUUAUGUGGACAGGAUACACAUGAUUUGUUUAGGGUUGUAAUAUUUCCCUUUUACUGGUUUUGUGGCUACAACAACAGGCCUAAUAUGGAUGAAGUGUGAUUAUGAUUUGGUGAUAUGGUGACUGUGGUUUUAUACCCUUUGGUUAAAUCUUAACUUUCUUGUUGGAUUCAAACUGUUCAUCUUUAGAAAGACAUUCUCAUGAUUAACUGAAGUGAAAUGAAAUUAAUCCCCAGUGUAGUUUAUAUGUUCCAUCUCUUUAGUGUGAUUUAUUCCCAUUAUGUAUUUGGUUUAAAGAGGUGGAAGAAAGCUCUUGUUUAAGCACAUAAUUUAAUUUCUUUAUUAGGCAUUUUCUCAAUGGUGUGGUCAGGCUUUGGUUUGUAUACUGUUCAUGAUCAUUAUCAGCUUGUGGGCACAUCUAAGGGUAAUUUCCUUGUUUGCAUACAGUUGCUGAAUAAACAUUUUCUGGUAAACCUA